AAACGGGAAGUUCCGUUUAGGGAUUCAUUGCUGAAACAAUUACAAAUUAAUGUUUGGUGUCCCUAUAGAUUCCCAUUUUGAAAAUCAAAAUAAAAGCCCGCGUAUUUUAGCCAUUCAUCGUUGUGGUUUAUUCAGUGUUGAUCGGCGUCUCGCGCUCUUCAAAAAAAAUUGUGUAAAUCCAUGAAUGAUAUUUGUCAUUGCGUGAUUCUCGUUUAGUUUAAUCCUGAAACAUGACAGAAGUCACUGAACCGAAGGGGACGAGAUUCGGCAUGGAUGCUGUAGCCCAACAGAUUUUCGUGCGAAUGUUCAAAGGCCUUCCUGAGAAACCCAGUACCACAAUUCGUCUGUUUAAUCGAGUGGAUUAUUACUCUGCGCACGGAGAAGAUGCGAUAUUCGUGGCGAAUGAAGUAUUCAAAACAACUUCGGCGUGUAAAUCCAUCGGAGUUGAGCCCAAUCAAAUCGACGGUGUCAUUCUCAACAAAGCCCGAUUCGAGUCGAUCAUUAAAGAAUUGUUGCUUGUUAAACGAUAUCGUGUCGAGGUUUAUAUCAACAAUGGAACCAAUAGAAAUCAAGAUUGGACAGUGGAAUACAAGGGCUCGCCAGGGAACCUGACGCAAUUCGAGGAUAUUCUUUUUGCUAAUUCGGAUAUUGCCGUUCGAGCUUCAAUUAUGGCUGUAAAAUUGGGAACGGAAGGCAAAUCAAAAAUCGUGGGUGUCUCUGUAAUCGACACUGUGACAACAACAAUAUUUCUCAGUGAAUUCCCAGACGAUGACUCGUUCUCAGACCUCGAGGCACUGGUAGUAACAAAUGCCCCUAAAGAGUGUCUUCUAAUCGAGGGUGGAGGGAGCACAGAAUUUCAGACUCUCAAGCGGCUGAUGGAUCGCAACGAUGUGCUCGUCACGUCCCGCAAGAAGAGCGAUUUCUCCACAGACUCGUUGAUCCAGGAUCUGAACUCUCUUCUGAAAUUUAACAAAGGCCAACAGGAGAACGCCCAGGCACUCCCAGAGACGAGUAUGGAGCACGCCAUGUCAUCAACAGCUGCUCUCAUAAAAUAUCUGGACUUAACGUCCGAUGCAUCGAGCAUUGGACAAUUUUCGGUGAAACAGUUGGAGCUCUCUCGUUACUUGAAGCUAGAUGCGGCAGUGAUUAAGGCUUUGAAUAUCGAUCCACCCCCUGGAACAUCAAGUGCAGUUGGUGGUGUUGCGACGAGUAUUCUGGGACUGCUGGACAGAUGCAGAACACCUCAGGGGCACCGAUUAAUUGCUCAGUGGGUGAGACAACCACUCAAGGAUUUGUCACUGAUUAAGGAGAGGCACGAUAUUGUUGAGCAACUUGUUAAAGAUAGUGAUCUGAGGUCAGCACUGAGUGAGGAUCACCUGAGGCGAAUUCCAGAUCUUGAGCAGUUGUCUAAGAAGUUGACGAGGAAAAAUGCCGGGCUGCAGGAUUGCUAUAAAGUGUAUAUGUGCAUGCUGCACUUGCCUAGUCUGACAAAUGCAUUAACCAAGGCCGAUGGCUGUUCUGCUAUGGACGCCAUGAUUAUUGAGCCACUGAAAGAAUCUAUCAACGAUAUGGAUAAAUUUCAGCAGAUGGUCGAGCAGACGAUUGAUCUGGAAGCCACUGACAGUGGAGAUUAUUUGGUGAGAGCGAGUUUUGAUGAGGAAUUAAAAGAAUUGAAGCAAACAAUGGACAAAUUGAAACACAAAAUAGAGAAUCUCCUGAACAAGGUGGCAGAUGAUCUCAAUAUGGAUGCUGGAAAGAAUAUAAAACUGGAGUCAACGCAGCAGCAAGGAUUCUACUUCAGGAUUUCUCUCAAGGAUGAACCAACUCUUAGAAACAACAAAUCCUACGAGGUAUUCGAGUCAAUCAAAGCAGGUGUCAAGUUUAGAAAUGAUAAACUCAGUGAACUCAAUGAGGACUACAAGAUUGCUCGUGAGAAGUACGAAAAACAGCAGCAGAGUGUAGUCACGGAGAUCAUGACUAUUGCAGCUGGUUACAGUAAUCCGAUAAAGGCUAUUGCAUCAGUCGUUGCCAUCCUGGAUGUUUUAACAGCGUUUGCAGUGGCUGCUGUUCAUGCACAAACUACUUUUGUACGACCUGAAAUGAUUGCCAGUGAUGCUGGAGUGAUAAAUAUCGAGCAGGCAAGACAUCCCUGCCUCGAGACUCAACCCGAUGUUCACUUCAUUGCUAACGAUGCCGCCUUCAAACGAGAUGAAAGCCAAUUUUUUAUUAUCACUGGACCCAACAUGGGAGGAAAGAGCACUUACAUGAAGUCAAUUGGUGUUUGUGUUUUUAUGGCUCACAUUGGAAGUUUUGUUCCUUGCGAUAAAGCUAGCAUUUCAGUUAUUGAUUGUUUACUGGCUAGGGUCGGUGCUGACGACUCACAGACUAGAGGGAUUUCCACUUUCAUGAUGGAAAUGGUGGAAACUGCUACUAUUCUUCGGACUGCAACCUGUAAUUCUUUUAUAAUAAUCGAUGAACUCGGUCGUGGCACUUCCACUUAUGACGGCCGUGGUGUCGCCUGGUCCAUUGCUGAAUAUAUAGCCAAGGAAAUAAAAGCCUAUUGUCUCUUCGCCACCCAUUUCCACGAAAUCACCCGUCUCGCUGACGAAGUCCCAACGGUCAGAAAUUAUCACGUCACAGCUCUAGUUGAGAAGGACAGUGUUACAUUCCUAUAUUCAGUUGAGCCGGGAAUUUGCGACCAAAGUUUCGGAAUUCACGUUGCUAAGAUGGUACAGUUUCCAGAGGAUAUUAUCAAAUUUGCUAAAGCAAAGCAGUCAGAGCUGGAGGAUGGCGAGAAUGUUGAGUUUGAGGGAUAUAACUCAGUUGAAGAGAAGAGAAAAAUCAAAGCGGAAGGGGAACUAUUGAUUGCCAGGUUUGUAGAGAAAUGCCGAACUCUCGAUGAAUCUCUUCCAGAGGAUGAUCUCAAGAAACAAGUCGAGUUGUACAAGAAUGAAAUUUUGGAGAAAAAAAAUCCUUACAUCGCUGCACUCCUAACGACUGCAUAAUUAUCAUAAUAUAAUUAUUAUAAUUAUUGUAAUAUUAUCGUUGUUAUCAUAAUUAUUAUUAAUUAUAGUUAUCAAUUGAUCCCUUGGUUGAUCAGUGAAGAAGUCAAAUUUGAUAAGGUGAUUUUACAAAAGUUAUGCAGUUUCAGAUUUUCCCUGAGAUAAACGACUCUCGAGAGAAAUUUUCCAGCAUUUCUUUUAGAAUUAUUCAUCUUCAAAAACAAUGCAAAAUCAAUAAAAAUAUCGGACAUUCAAGAUGUAUAUAUCAUCUUUUUCACAUGAUUGACUUCUAUUUGCUAUUUUAUAUGUUUAGUAUUACAAC